AUGGUCCAAUUCAAUACGUAUUAUCUCCUCACCAUCAUUAUUAUCUCGUGCGGGUCUAUUCCCAAGGGCUACGAUGAAGGCGGAUUCAGCGCUGCGACGGGCCUGGCGUCCUUCAAGGAUGACUUUGGCCUCGUCUCGAGCCUGUGGAAGGGCAACGCGUCUGGUCUCGCCGACCGCAAGGCCAACAUCUCGUCCUUUGGCGUCCUCGGCGCCGCGUUCGGUUCCAUAAUUGCCCUCGCCGUCAAUGAUCGGCUCGGACGACUGAGGGCGUGGCAGCUGUUCAUCGCCGUCUGGAUGACGGGCUGUCUGAUGCAGGUCUUCUCGUCCGGGAUACUGGGGUUGAUGCUCUUCGCCCGUAUAUGGGGCGGGCUCGGCGCCGGUGGGCUUACCGUCGUUGCGCCACUAUACCUCUCCGAGAUUGCGCCAGCGAGGUCGCGCGGCAUGGUCGUCAGUAUAUACAUGGUCGUGUUGCUGUCGUUUCUCACCCUUGGCUUCUUCAUCAACUACGCCGCCAACGCGACGCUCGCAGCGACGAGGAUGCAGUACCGCCUCGUCAUAGCCAUCCCCCUUAUACCCGUGGGCCUAGCUUUCAUCGCCUCCUUCUUCCUCGACGACACCCCGCGAUGGCUCGCAUCCCGUGACCGCGGCGACGAGGCCCUCGCCGUCCUCGCAAAGCUCCGGCACGCCGACCCGAGCGAUCACGCCCUCGCCACCGAAUACGACGAGAUCCACGAACAGAUCCGCACACGGCAGCAGAUCCUCGCCGACUCCUCCACCUGGGCCAUCAUCAAGGACAUUGCCACCAUCCCCACCUACCGCACGCGCUUCCUCCUCGGCGCCGUCAUGCAGACCGUCGCGCAGUGGUCCGGUGGCAACGGCAUCACCUACUAUAUACCCGAGAUCUUCCGCUACGCCGGCGUCGUCGGCGACAACACGUCCCUCAUUACUAGCGGCGCGUACGGCGCCGUCAAGCUCGUCUUUACCAUGAUCUUUACGUGGGGUCUCGUCGACGUCUUUGGGCGCCGGCGGUGCUUUAUGACGGGCUUAUUUUUGCAGUGCAUCACGCACGUGUACAUGGCAAUCUACAUGGCCAUCUGGAUUGACGGCACCAACAAGCCUGCGUCCGAUGCCGCCAUCGCUUCCGUAUUCAUCUACGCCGUUGGCUGGUCCAUUGGCUUAUGCACGGUGCAGUACCUGUACGGCACGGAAAUCUACCCCACCCGCAUCCGCAGCGUCUCCUACGCGAGCAACAUGGCCCUGCACUGGUUCUUCCAAUUCGCCGUGGUGCGGGUGACACCCAACAUGUUUGUCAGCCUUAACGUGUGGGGCGCAUACGUCUUCUGGGCGUGCGUCUGCGGCGCGGGCCUCGUCAUCCUCGGGCUGUGGGCGCCGGAGACGAAGGGCAUCCCCAUGGAGAAGAUGGAAGAGCUCUUCAGCGGCCGGUGGUGGAUGGGAUGGAGGGCGAGCGUGGAUCUGGCUUCGAGCGAGACGAAGCCUUUUGGCAGAGGCGACUCGUCGGGCGAGGAAUCAAAAGAAGGCGCUUUUACGCAUGACCGGAAGACGGAUGGCAACGUCGUUGCGAACGUCAUCAAUGUCCUCGGCAAAUUUUCUUUCGCGUCUUCUUCUUCUCUUUACUAUAAAUCAUUCAAUGCGUCUGCUUGGAUGUGUGUGUGCUUGAAUUCGUUCUGUACAACGAAAGCAAACAUGGAGAAGAAACAGGUCGCAGAGACGCGCCCGCCGCCAUCCCCGCCGCCGCCUCGACGGACCGGAAUGCGCGGACGUCUCAUGCUCGCCGGCGCCGUCUUGUUGGUUGGUUUGUGUAACAUUUACCUCAGAAAAAAUUUCCGGCUGGAGCAGAUUCGUCGAGGGGAUCUUGCGUCACACCCAGUCCCCGUCCGAGAAUCUCCCUUUGGCCGGUUCCCUCUGCCCAAGGACCCUUUCCGGCUCAUCCCUUGCACAAAUGCAACCAUCCCGCCGGCCCUUGACGAUGCCCACCCUGAAAAGACGUGGGCGAGCUCCUUUGACCCAGACCCAUCCAAUUGGAGCUGGGGAAACAAGACCGUCUCGGUUGAUGGCGAUGAUGGUGACCCCUUCUCCGGCCGAGGCAUCUACCUCUGCGGCUACCUGGAGGUGCCGCUAGACUACACCAACAAAUCAGACGACCGGAUCGUCCGACUCGCUAUCAUCAAGUACCAGGUCUCGGGCCUAGCUCGCGUAGGCGAGCCCGACAACGGCACCAGAAACCCGCCCCCCGGCGGCCGAAGCGAGCGCACCAUUGUCCUUGAGCCGGGCGGACCAGGCGGAAGCGGAACUUCCUACGGCUGGAGAGUCUCGGAACAAGUUACCAAGAGGCUCAGUGACGGCAAGUUCGACGUGCUAGCCUGGGACCCGAGAGGCGUGAACAUCACACGCCCCUCCAUCUCCUGCUUCCCCUACGACGUCGACCGAGACCACUGGUCCAUGCUGACCGGGCAGUACCUCGAGGUCUCCGCCAACGUGACGCGCCAGCUCGAAAUCAGCGACGCCAUGAACGAUGCCAUCUUCCAGGCCUGCUGGGAAACCCACGGCGACCUCGGUCGCUUCAUGGGCACGGCCAUUGUCUCGCGCGACCUGGAGGAGAUCCGCAAGGCUCUCGGCGAGGACGAGUUGACGGGAUACCUCGUCAGCUACGGCACCGGUAUCGGGCAGACCUAUGCCAACAUGUUCCCGGACAGCGUCGGUCGGAUCAUCCUGGACGGGACGGAAUACGUGCGCGACCACCGUGAACUGGGCGGUUUCGGAUGGACUGCGCUCGACAACGGCACCGACGCCUGGUACGACGGCUUCCUCGGCGAAUGCCUCAAUGCCGGCCCGGAUCACUGCGUGCUGGCAAAACCUGAUAGCAGCAGCAGCACCGAGCCCAUCGUGCUAAAAGAUCUGGAUAAGCGCAUGAUGUCCCUAUUCACAUCCCUCAUCGACCGCCCCGUCGUCGGGUACACGAAAGAGAGCGGCCCGUCCCUCGUGACGUACUCGGUCCUCGUGGCCGCAAUCUACUCUGCACUCUACAAUGCCCAAAGCUGGCCGGCCCUCGCCCAGAUGCUAUACGAACUCGAGCAGGGCAACUCGACCCUCGCCGCCGCGUUCCUGGAACGCCAGGCCUGGCAGUACGACCCGACCCUCCCCGCGACGCCCAACAAGCGGCCCUCAUCGUCUGAACUUACCUUUAUCGUUAUCUGCGCAGACUCCUACGACGCACCGCUGCCGCCCGGCGACGGGUUGGCCUACUGGGAAUCCCUCUGGAUCAACAUGACGGCCCAAUCCUGGGUCGCGGGCAACCCCCGCUUCUCCGACGUGUUUCCCUGCCAGCAUUUCACAAAGUACUGGCCAGAGCCGGCGGAUGUGUACCGCGGGGACCUGAACCACACUCUCAAGAACCCGAUUUUGCUCAUCGCGGAGACGUACGAUCCGGCUACGCCGCUGCGCAACGGCCGCAGGUUGCUGGACGAGAUGGGAAGGAACGCGAGGUUGAUUGCGCAUCAUGGGUACGGACACUCGUCGAGGGACACGUCUGAUUGCACGGAUAGUAUAGCAAAGAGGUAUAUUCUCGAGGGAACGUUGCCUGAGGAGGCGGAGACGGCAUGCUAUGCUAAUGAGAAGCCGUAUUUGUAUGGUGUCAAGGAGAAGGGGGUGAGGGCUACGGGUGCUGAUGGGGGCUGGGAUCCUGUCGGUGCUUGGCGGGAGCAUCAGCGGGAGGUGGCUUACUUGCGUCUUUGA